AUGGCUGGCAGAGGAUAUGGACGAGGACGAGGACGCGGCGGAUUUCAAAAUUAUGCACGACCAGAGCCAUUUGUACUUUUUCUCGAGGAUAUUAAUUUGCCUGAUGCAAAACUCGGCGAAAAUGUUGCUAGUAUGAAACAUUUGAUUAAAUGGAAUUUGAGUUUUGAUAGUUAUUUUAAAGCGGCUCCUUAUCUCUUGGACGACACCGAAUCAAAAGGGCGCAAAAGGAUGCACGUAGAAAGAUUUUCUGACAAGAAGAAGAUCGCGUUCACUCGUGAUUCGCUGUCUCAGGUUUUAUAUUACGACGAAUUUGUUAAGGAGUUGGUUCCAGGUAAAUCUAAGCAGAUGCUGAGCCGGAAAAAGUUUCGAUGGAACCCUGAAGCUGAUGCGAAAAAACUGGCAUUCUUUGAAGAACUAGAGAAAAAGUUCCUGGCGGAAGAGGGUAAAGAUAAAAAGAAGAAAAAAGAAGAAAGUGAAGAUGCGACAUUUUGUGAUAAAACUUGA